GCCGCCAUGUCGGUGUUUCACGACGAGGUGGAGAUCGAGGAUUUCGAGUACGACGAGGAGAGCGAGACCUACAGCUACCCGUGCCCCUGCGGCGACCGCUUCCUCAUCACGCGGGAGGAGCUGGAGAACGGCGAGGACGUGGCCACCUGCCCCAGCUGCUCCCUCGUGCUGCGCGUCAUUUACGACCAGGAGCAGUUCAUGCGUGGUGAAGUCGUCGCAGAGCCUUUGGCGAGCAAGGAGUUGAUUAAGUGCUGAUGACCCUGUCCUGAACUGUUGCUGCUCUAGGACAAGAAGCUGUGGGGAUGUCACCUUCRGAGAGGGCCGGGGCUCCCCUCCUGGGCCCUCUUGCUGCUGCCGAGGCGGGUGCAAUAGCUGGCUGUCCUCCUCCUUUGGGAGAGGAAUUGCUGACAUCGAGGUGCAAUCGGUUCUGUUCAAAGGAGUCGCAUAGCUUAAGCAAUUGUAAGACAUAGAGCAUGUUCCAGAAGACUCGGGGGCUGCAGUCAAAUCAACUGCAGAUGGGUACAGGGAUGGAGUGUGUGGGGCUGCCCUGUGGGAGAAUGCUAACAUAGCAGAGGUGUCUGAGCCUGUAAAGAAGCGGUCUCUGUGGGGGCAUAUUCAGGUGUCAAGUGGCACGGAGAGCAGGAAUGCUGGAAGCCAGAAUGUCUCUAGGCGUGGGCUGGUACCCAGCUCCUGAUGCAGUGUGGGCCCCGCUGGGAUGCCAGCCCCGCUCCCUGCAGGGCAAGUGAAACCAAACACACAGUGAAGAAACCCRCACCCAGUACCGUUGGUGCGUUGGAUUUACUCCUAGGGUGGAAAAACGGCUGCUUUUCUUACAUGUUCUUAAAUGGCUUGCUCGCUCUCUGUGYUCUGAGUGCUGUGCAGGUUAGCUCCUCCCCGGUACCCCCCAAACAGUCACAGCAACCUGCUUUCCCGUGGCAAAGAAGCUGCAGUUACAGCUGCMGCAGGUGCCACGUGGGAUUCGCAGCAGAUUUGCUUCUGAGCUGGAGUUGCUUUGGAGCAGCUUUGGUGGCUGUGGCCAAAGGACUGUCUGGAAAGUGUGGAAGAGAGUUUAAAAGUUUACUACAGAGCUCAUCCGUUCUAGGCCAGCUGCUUGUAUUCUAAACCACUGUACUGAAGAGUUUAUUUAAAGUGAUGCUCAUUAAUGUGUUUUACUAGGGCCUGAUAUUUUUGAAGUUAAAUUUUGGGAAAAAUACUUGUACAGCAUUUAUAUGGUUAUUUAACUCUGGGUACUACAGAUAAUUAAUUGUUUUUGUUUUAACAAUGUUAUGUGAAUGUUGGAGAUGAGCAUUAUUUUUUCAAAAAAUAAAAAAUAAAACUAAAAAUAAACCACACCUUUCUGCCAGAAGUUUGGAACUCAGUGUGCACAACCUGAAGUGUUCCUUGCCUUAACCAGGAGGUGGCACUCAUGUGGCUUAGAUCUCCGUGAUGCUUGUUGGCUUAGCAAUUACU